AUGGCGUUGACUCUGAAAACCAUAAUUCAAUUUCCAAUAUUUGCUUCACCACCACCUCACCAGCCCCACCACCACCGGCCGGCCACCGAAAUCCGCUUCUCGCGGUGGAACAAUGCCAACGCCCAGAAAUUCAUCCGCCAUGAACGCACUCAGAAAGAAACCGAAGACGAAUUGCGAUUCAUCAAACGCUUCGAAUCUGCCGGAAAAAUUGCCAAUCUCCAACCCACCAAUACCACGCCAUCACCAUUCAAGUCCACCGGGACGCCCUCAGCCCCUUCCCGCCCUUCAAUUCCAGGUAAAAAAUCCAAAUACUCAAAACCCCCUCAAAACCCUAAUCCGUCAUCUCAUCCUGCAUUCAAGCGAAUUGUAAGGACUAGAAAGCUCCCUACUGAAAACGAAGAUGAAACCGGUAUAAAACUCGGCGACAAGGGGCUUUCUUAUGUAAUUCCUGAAGCUCCUUUUGAAUUUCAAUAUAGUUAUACCGAAACCCCAAAAGUUAAGCCUAUAAAACUCCGGGAACCACCAAUAACGCCGUUCGGUCCGGGCACCAUGCCGCGGCCGUGGACGGGGAAAAAGCCGCUGCCACCUAGCAAGAAGAAGAUGGAUUUUGAUUCUUUUACUCUGCCUCCACCUCAUAAGAAAGGGGUUAAGCCAGUGCAAGCUCCAGGUCCGUUUUUACCCGGGUCGGGUCCUAAGUAUGUACAGUCGAGAGAAGAGGUAUUGGGGGAGCCACUGUCAAAGGAGGAAAUUGAUGCUCUUAUUAAAGGGUGUUUGAAGUCUCAAAGGCAAUUGAACAUGGGUAGAGAUGGAUUGACACACAAUAUGUUGGACAAUAUCCAUGCUCAUUGGAAACGAAGGAGGGUCUGCAAAAUAAAAUGCAAAGGUGUGUGCACGGUUGACAUGGACAACGUACGUCAACAAUUAGAGGAGAAAACAGGAGGGAAGAUAAUAUAUAGCAAAGGAGGAGUUGUGUAUCUUUUCCGAGGUAGAAAUUAUAAUUACAAGACUCGCCCGGUCUUUCCGCUAAUGUUAUGGAAACCAAUUACCCCUGUAUAUCCGAGGUUGAUCCAACGGGUCCCAGAGGGGUUAACAUUGGAAGAAGCAAUUGAAAUGCGCAAAAAAGGACGACAAUUGAUCCCAAUAUGCAAGCUUGGAAAAAAUGGCGUUUAUAGUGAUCUUGUUAAUGAUGUCAAAGAAGCAUUUGAAGCAUGCGAUUUAGUGCGAAUAAAUUGUGAAGGAAUGAAUGGGAGUGACUACCGGAGAAUUGGUGCAAAACUAAAGGAUCUCGUCCCUUGUGUGUUGAUUUCAUUUGAGCACGAACACAUACUUGUGUGGAGAGGGAGAGAUUGGAAAUCAAUGCUCACACAAGAAAACGAUCCCCAAGGAGCUAAACACCCUGAUACGAAUACUGAUGCUGAUAUUGAUAUUGAUACUGAUGUUGGAAAUUCAGUUGUAGUUGUACCAUCCCUAGAAUCAUCACCGGAAGAUGUGACUGAAGAAGAACACGCGGAAACCGAACUUAUAAAUUCUACACUCAAUGACAUGUACGGCGUCGAAAGCAUGACACUUGAUGGUAGUGAAGACGAGACUGAAUCUUCAUCUACAGUAUCAGAAAACACGAGCAAUCAUGAUUGUUUGGAGGGAGUGGCGACACUCUUGAAGCAGGCGGUACACGACGGAAUUGCGGUGGUUCUAGAUGAUUCUUAUUUGGAUGCCGACACUGUGUACGCAAGGGCAGUUGUUUUUGCGCAAUCGGCACCACCAGGGUCGAGUUUUAGACACCAGCGGCCUAAAAAGGCGGCGACCCAGGUAGAAGAGAAGCAAGAAGCCGAAGAAACCAAUGGGAAAGAGGUAGUGAUAGCUUCUGAGCGUAAAAAAGGCGAGAAAACAAGUCGAACCCGAAAGAAGGAUUUGAAGGACAAUUAUCUAGACGUAGCUCCACAAGCGACGCUUAGAGUGGACGAACUUGCGAAGCUUCUAGGUUAAGCGUACGUUCAUGUUCGUAUUGCCUUUAUGUAUCGUUAUCGUGAUUUGCUUGUACAAGCGAUGGAUACCUUUGUACUUGGAUGUAAUUAUAUGGUGUAUGUGAAUUA